CUUUAAUAGCAGUAGAGGUAACUUCACGCGAGUGUCGAACACUUGCAGAUGUUAAUUAUGGGUGCGCGUGAACGCAAAUUGUCUAGUCCCACGAAAAUACGGUCGUGUUUUGAUCUGCAGAGAGCGAUGGGGUGACAGAGCAUGGAAACUGAGCUGAUUCUGAGUAUGAAUGGCGGCUGCGGAGAAGAGACCUAUGCCGAGAACUACAAAAUACAAACCGCAUAUCUUUCCAGGACAAUGCCGGUGUUGCAUGCAGCUUUACUGGAUUUCAGCACCAAGAAACUUCCUGCUACUGUCACGAUCGCCGAUCUCGGCUGCUCUUCCGGGCCAAACACUCUCUUGGCGAUCUCUGAAAGUAUGAGCAUCAUCCACGACAGAUGCCGCCAAUUCGGACGCUCGCCGCUUCAGUUCCUCGUGUUCCUGAACGACCUCCCUUCCAAGGACUUCAACAUGGUCUUCAAGUCCCUUCCAAAGUUCCAGGAGAGGAUGAGGGAAGAGAACGGCCAGGGCUUCGGGCCGUGUUGCAUCGCUGGAGUUCCAGGUUCCUUCUAUGGUAGGCUUUUCUCUUCCACGAGCCUCCAUUGGCUCUCCCAGGUACCUCUGGAGCUGAGCAACCGAUCUAACAAAGCGCUGGUAAAUGAAGGGAAAAUUUAUAUUUCUAGGACAAGUCCACCGGGAGUUGCAGAAGCUUAUUUGGACCAAUCCAGGAGGGACUUCUCUUCAAUUAGAGCAUUUGAAAUGUCCACACUUCUACGAAUUCAACCACUUCUGAUUCUAGAACUCCUAAACGCUCCGGCGGAAAUCAACCGCGCCUGA